AAGCAACCCAUGUGAGCCAUUGAUGAAGCCAACUUUCUUGGUUUCCUAUCUUCUAUUCAUAUGCUAUAAUAUCUUCUCUUUUCUCAUUCUAUAUAUAUACGCUAAACAAACAACUAAUCUCCAACUUAAAUUCUUUCACAUAUUCUCAUUCAAACAUUGAAGUUUACCACUUCCAAAAAGUUUCAAUCCCAUUAUAGCCAUGGGAAUUCGUUUGCCUUCAGUUCUUGCAGCUGCCAAGCAAGUUCUCAAGAUGCAGUCUGUCUCAGCAAGAUCUCAGUCCAUUGUUCCCAAAGGUCACAUUCCAGUGUACGUGGGAGAAACCGACAGAAAGCGGUUUUUCGUUCCGAUAUCGUACUUGAGUCAUCCUUCAUUCGUAGAGUUGCUCAACAAGGCUGAAGAAGAGUUUGGAUUCAGCCACCCAACUGGAGGUUUGAGAAUUCCCUGCAAGGAAGAAGCCUUCAUUGAUGUUACUUCUAAAUUGCAAAGUUCAUGAAUGAUUUGAGAACAAGGAGCAAUUCUCCUCACAGUUUUGACAAUUUUUUUCUCUGUUCAUUUUAGUGUACUACUUCGUAUGUAAAUGGUUAGAUUAGAAAAACUGGAGAGUUACAAAGCCAUUUGUACAUCAAUGACAAAUAUCAGUUGCAAUGAAACAUUUCUUGCUAACAAAGCCUUAUUCAUUACUAA